AUGUCAAGGCACACCCCGCCGACAGAUACCUUGGGCAAGGAGUCUGAUCGGACAAGGGCUACCACGCCACAGGAUGCUUCCGGGUGCCUGACCUCAUGGUUUGCCGAAGGGAAGAACAAUAAAACUUGCCCUGAUUGUCGAGCUCCGGUGAAAUCACAGCCCGCGCCAGCAUAUUUGGUUCGUGCAGUUGUUCAAUUAUUCACGAGUCGUGCAGAGCUCUUGGAUAAAGGGGAAACGACAGAACAGCACAGAGCCCAUCAAAACGAGGAAGCAGAAAGGCUUGAGGCGGAUAAGAAAAAUCGAGAUCCGAAAGAGGGGGGUCUUUUUCGGGGUAUAUUCAAUCAGACACGGCAGCGACCUGCCCAGCCCAUCUACGACCUUGAAGAUGGUGUUGUUCGUUGUCCAUACUGUGCACAUGAACUAGAGGCUGACGAUUGCCUGAAUUGUGGAUACCGCAAUGAUGACUCACUGUCCGAUGUCAGAAGUGAUUCGGAGAACUCGGAAAUGACAGAUGACCCAUACGCAGAAAUAGAUGAUGACGGUUUUGGGGAAGCACCAGGCUCCGAUAGCGCCGAGUGGUAUGAUGAUGACUUGACAACAGAGAACUACCCCGGAAUACAGCGACUUCCAACUGGCUUUCGGUUGCAGAGUUUCCCUGGAUUUGGCAAUGUCCCAGGAGGAAUGGCUCGUGCAAUCUACGAACAUUUCCACGGACAUUCAGAUUUCGACUCUCACGGUUCUACCCAUGAGGAUGACGAUGAUGAAAUGGACGAUGAAGAGGACGAGGAUAUGGACUCCUUCAUCGACGACGAGGAACAGCCUGAAGAUUACGAUUCGGACUCAGACCGAGAUACCGUAGUUGGGCGCUCUGAAUACGGAGGGACGCAGUUGCGCACCAUACUUGACUCGUCGCCCGGCUCGCGAUAUAGCUCAGCACAGUCCAACAUAUACGACUUCGACACGAUGCUGGACAGCGACGAAGACGGCACGAGCGAUGAAGGUGAGGACGAGGAUGGAAAUGAGAAUGAGGACGAGGAGCUUGAGGACGAUGAUGGCGAAGAAGAAGAAGAAGAAGAAGAAGAAGAAGAAGAUGAUGAUGAUGAUGAUGAUGACGACGACGAGCCCAUUCGACCCUCCGUUGCCCGAAGUCGACGCACAACAUAUCAAAUACUUUCAAGCUCUUCUCCUCUCCGCGUCAACAGUGCACCGGCUACCAGUACGUGUUCGCGGCCUCAACCUCCGGCAGCUGGCUUGUCCGCCGCUAGCGCCAUUUCUUUGGAUGAUGAUUCGGAUGAAGGUCCGGUUGGGCCUGCUACGAGACGGGCAAGAGCUCGACCAGCUGCAGCCUAA